UACGAAUGGGUGUUACGCUUUAGUCGCCAGAGGCAUACACCGUCAUUGUCUCGCUAUGCUCACCGACAUUGAGGACGUCGGCGAUAUGAGGCGCCGGCGGGUCAAACGGCGACCAAGCACCGGCAAACAAAGACCGUCGGGAAGGAAGCGCUUGUUCGGGCUCUUGUCCUGCGACUAGCGCGUGCUCACCUUCGGACCUCUCGCAAAGUAUCGUAUAUCUACCAUCGCGAGGAGCACUGCACUUGUGUGCUGCUUGCUCGUCAAAACGCCGAAGAAUGCAGAGCGGAACGGGUGCACUGCAUCCGGAUAAGGGACGCUUUAUUGUCUUCCGCCUUACCGAGAACAAUGAAGGCCAGCAGCCUUCCGGCACAAUGAGAGGCCUUCUCUCAUAAGGCAUGCCUGUCGCCACACUCCUGUCGUUUGCACGGCCUUGUUGUGCGCGCCGUCGUCUCUCUCGCCGUCUUUUCACGACCUCCAACGUCUUCCCCCUUCCUCCCAGUCGCCGGCCGACCUCCUUCGACAAGCAUGUCUGCGACAGCGCCUGUUUACGACCCUCGUUCGACACACCACACCACACUAACACCAUAUCUGCAACUGCCACACCUCCUCUCCCUGACGUGGCUCGCGUAUCCAAUUCUCUCGCUUCUCUUUGUCGCGUUUCGCCUCCAACUUUCGUCUGCCUCUGCCCAGGACGCGGUAUCAAGCGCGAAAGAUGACCUUCUUGCAAGCUGUCAGGCAGCUGAGAAAGCCGCCACCGCCGCUGCUAGCAUGCCCCGGUAUAUGGCUGCCGCUACAAAUGUCCGCAUCACCGAAGCCGUGAAUGGGACUAUGAACGGCGCACGUGCAGCCCUCGUGCUCGCGCUGACGGUCAUGGAAGCUAUCAUCAACUUCAUAGUCGACAUGUACCGCUCGACCUUUCUCUGUUUUCUCGAGCUUGUGGUGAGGGGUGCACUAUCGAUUCUCAUUGGGGCGGUGCAAGAGUUCAACAGCUUUCUCUCUAAUACUUUUAGUAGUCUGCGUACCUCCAUCCAAGAUGACGUCCAAACCGCCAACAGCGCCAUUACGACAGCCAUCAAUGCGAUAAACAAGGUCAACCCAUUUGGCAACAUUACCGUCCCUCAAAUCAGCGUACCGAGCUUAAACUCGUUGCAAAACGUAACACUUCCCUCGGACUUUGAGAAUGCUUUGGUAACGCUCAACAAUUCCCUGCCUACAAUCUCGGACCUCAAGUCGACGAUCGACGAUAUCAUUGAUACCCCGUUCGAGCUUGUCAAGAAAGACAUCAAUGAUACCUUUGCUGGGCUGACCUUCGAUGCGUCUGUGCUUCCUGUGCCUGCUCAGAAUACCGUCGAAUUCUGUAGUGAUAUGGACACGUCUGUGGUCGACGAUCUCGGACACGACCUCGUCAAGAUAACCAAGAUUGGUACUGUCAUACUGAUCGCCGUUGCCAUAUUGCUUAUUGCCGCCCACUGUGCUCUGGAGUGGUACAAGUGGCGCUGUCUCAAGAAUCACCUGCGUUUCACCCGCGAGGCAUGGACGUCGGACCCGUCUGUCACGUAUACCGGAAACAAAAGCGCGCCGACGGUGCACCUCAGCGAUCACAACUUGAUGAUGUUGCAGGGGAACAUGCAGCACCCGCUGUUGACCAAGAUUGCCAACCGCAUCGCGCGGCUCCUACGCUUUAGCCCAUCGCAAUACGUCCACCUAACGUGGUUCUUCCACUACGUCUUCCACCCUCCUGCACUCGCCUGCUUCCUCAUUGGCUUCUUCGGUCUGCUCUCGGUACAGAUUCAGCUCAUCGCCAUUGGGCCACUAGAGCACAAGUUCAGCCAGCAAGCCGCUGCCUCGGUGAACGACUUCCAGAACACUAUCGCGACGUCGAUAAACGCAAGCAUGUACAAUCAGAGCGCUACAUACGCGAACGACAUCAAUGGACGUGUGGAUCAGGUUCAGAGCACCGUGAACGAUGGACUUUUUGGAUGGGUCAAUGGCACGACGACGACGCUGAACGACACGAUCAACGCGUUCUACACGGACAUCCAGGACGCGGUUAACACUGUGUUCAACGGCACUAUUCUCCAGGAGCCCAUCGACGAGUUCAUCCGCUGCUUCAUUGGCAGCAAAGUCAACGCGAUCGAGAGCGCCCUCACUUUCCUCCACAACAACCUCUUGAUCGACAUCCCGCGCGUCAACGAUUCCGUGCUUGUACUUUCCCCAGAUGACAUCCGCGAAGUCACGCAGCCCAUCGCUACGGCUGCGAUUGGUGGCGGUAACAACAACAGUCAGGGCGUCAUCGGCAAGCUUGUGAACACCUACGUCGCCUCGCUUGAGAAGGAGCGCAUCAUGUUCAGCAUAUUCAUGGACCUGUGGGGGUUUGUCGUCCUUAUGGCGCUCUCAGUCAUCUUCUGGCACUCGUAUGGGCGUGACUGGGUGCAAGCUUACAAGAAACGCCGCUGGCGCAAGACACAGCGCGCGGGUAUCAAUGACGUUGUCAUGCCCUUCCGCGACUCCGGCCAUGAGGCUCAAUCUCAGGACAUGGGCGGAGACGUAGAGAAGAUGCACCGCGUUGACCUCCCGCCCUCUAUGACGCGGAUGUCGCUAACCGACAAGAACAAGCUGCACCCCUACGGACAGAACCGCAAUCCCCAGCUUGGUAAGUCCUGGGAGUCGUUCCUAGACCAAGCCCAAGCCCAGUCUGCUCCCGAGCCCAAGUCCCGUUCCGCGAUCAGCCUGCGCAAGUCUCAGGCCUUACCACCAAGCAGCCCGACCCCGGGUGUAUCGAACUCCCCAACUGAGCCUUGGCACAAGCGUUUCUUAACGGCCUUUUGGCGACGCAAGGCAUCCCCGGACGAAGAGCAAACAGGCGAGAAAAGCCCUACACCUAACUUGAGCAUGCGCGAGAAGCCGCGCCCGCAGCUCAUAAUCACGACGAGUGACGGCGACGUCGAAACGCUGACGGACAACGAUGAGGGCCGUGUGGAGCCGAGCUCGGCGUGGAGCGUCUCCCCGCGCAAGCCAGGCUGGCUCUCGAGCGUCGCGCCGCCGAAGCUGCCUACCCUGCGCCCGAAGCAGCGACACCGCGCGAGCGUCCCGCUCGACAUCGGUGUCACGCCCUCCGCGCCUGCCGCCGCGACACCGCUGGACAACGUCGCGCCGUUCGCGAUGCCGCUGCACCACGGCUACAACCACCCGCCGACCCCACCACCGAACAUGCAGCUCCCCGCGUACGCUGCGCCGGCGUACAUUCAGACACCCCUGUCGCCGCCUCCCCCGAAGAAGCUCGGAAUUCGCGCGUCGACACUCGACCCGUUUGCAACGCCCUUUGAUGACCGCUAUGCCGUGCGAGACGAGGUGCCUUUCUCUGGGAGGAAGAGCAUGACGAAUCCGUUUGUGGCUAUAUGAGGAGGGACUUUUGGAUACCCCCCUGCGUUUGGACAGGUUUACAUGCUCUACGUUAUCACCUCUCGCCUCGCCACUGCCAGUGCGAGGUAAUAUAGUUGCAAUGUAUAUUUUUUAUCUUUAUCAAUAACACACUAGUCCUUUCUUUACUGUUGUAGCCUUUCCUUUACAUGCACUGUAAUGUACUUCAUGCCGUCGACGUUAAUGCGAUGUCAUUUGUACCAUUGGUGCUGCUUACGGUACUUGAAAGCGCAUCGUAUCCUACGCGCAUUUAUAACUCAUCGCAGCUGUCACCUGCCUCUUCAUGAUCCUCGUCGUUCUUUGCUUUCUUUGCUUGCUUCUUCGCGCCUUGCUUCUUCACACCAGCAUCCUUGUCUAGCUUUACGCCGGCGCUCUUCACAACAGCCCUAAUCUCCUCUGUCCACGCCUCCAGAUCCACCUUCUCGUCGGCACCUUCGUCUUGACGAGCACUCUCUCCUACAUCUUUGUGGUUUUCACCCAACGCCCCAGCAAGCCGUUGAAGUACCUUCACUUCCGUAGCCCAUACAUCCCACCCUUCUCCCGGGCGAAACUGGUUUCCACGGCGUGCACCGGCCGUAGGUUCGAACGCUGGUGUCUCGAGGAUGAGGGGGAUGUCCCGUGUACGGCGGUCGUUCAAGAUGUGGGCGAAGGUCUGAAGGCCGAGAUGACCUCUGCAGGCAAACC